AUGUUUAGACUGAUCAGUAGUAGUUGUAGUAGAAAUUUAAAUAGAAAUGUUGUAUUUAACAACAACAACAAUGUUAGAGGAUCAUAUUUAUUGAAUGGUAAUAAUAAUAGCAAUAAUAUUGUAAGAAAAGGAUGUAGUUUUUAUAGUUCAGGCAAUUCCAUUGAGCAGAAUGAUGAUGAUGAUAGUGUAAGACAUCAACUAUGGAUGUUUGGUUCGUGUAACGAUGCAAAGCUAGGAUUGGCAACUGAUCACGAUAAGUUAUUACCAACGAAAGUAACACAUUUACCACAUCGUCUGCGUAUUAAAUCUGCACAAUCCACUUGGCAAACCAGUUGUAUCCUGACGGAAGACAACCAAUUGUUUAUGUGGGGAACAAACUCUGCCGGUCAGAUGGGUCUACCUCAGAAUCAGAUAUUCAAAUUCCCAACACUCUCUGACAUGUUUAAAAUGAUUGAUAUAGAUCAAGUACAUCUCGGUAGAUCAUUUACACUAAUAUUAACAAGUAACAAAUUACUAAACAAUUCAUUUAAUAAAUCUGAAGAACAAGGUAAAUUACUAUCUGUAGGUUCGAAUGACUUUGGACAAUUGGGAUUGGGAGAAGGAAUGAGAGGAUCUUCUACACCUCGGGUUGUCGAGAAACUUAAUAAUCAAGAACUUGUAUCGAUUGGUGCUGGAUUCGAUCAUUCAAUGGCUGUAACAAAGUCAGGUCACACUUUUGGUUGGGGAUAUAAUGUUGAAGGACAAAUAGGACAAAGGAUUGUGGAGUAUAAGAGAGUUGAAUCGGCAGGUGAAAAUGUUGAUAGUAUGGAGAAUUCAAUGACACCCGAUGCAGAGUACAACAUUCCGACGUUGGUGCCAGAGAUGGAGUCGAUCAAGGUUGCCAAGGUCUAUUGUGGAUACGAUUGUAGUUUCUUGGUUUCUGCACGUGGCAAUGUCUAUGCCAUGGGAAACAAUGAAACUGGAACGCUGGGUGUUGGCGAUGACAAACUGGGUCGUGUUACCAAGCCAACGAAAGUAGCGAUGCCCGAGAAAGUUAAGCAACUGUCGUGUGGUGCAACUCAUACGCUGUUCCUUGCAGAGUCGGGUCGUGUCUAUUCUUGUGGCUGGGGAUCCGAAGGUAGACUUGGACUGGGUGACAACACAACCAAUCGCUACGUUCCAACGUUGAUACCGUUCUUCCACGAGAAUGGAAUCAGAGUGACACAGGUGUCAGCGGGUGGCGCACACUCUAUGGUUUUGACCGAUGAAGGACAAGUCUAUACCUGGGGAUGCGGAGAGAAUGGAAAGCUCGGACAUAACAGUGAAACCAAUUCGAAUAUACCGCAAUUAGUAAAAUCAUUGGCCAAGAGAAACGCAAUAUUAAUCGCAGCAGGAAUUGAUACAUCUAUGGUAAGGUGCUCUAUUGCAACUACGUCAAGUCUGAUCGAUGUGGGUCUCGCUGUUACCGCACCUACGUGGAAAUGCAUUGACCUACCAACAUUCCAAAGAUUGGAUAGAACAUUGUUAAGGUUGUUGCUGGCAUCUUUGUCACUCUUCUCUGGCACAACAACUCCAGAACGCUGUCCAUACGCCCAACUACACCGAUGGGUCCACAUGGACAUUGUUGCUGAUUGA